UGCGAUUAGCUAGUGUGCGGUAGCAGCAAGUGGUUGGAAAUCGGGAGCCGAUCGCGACGGACAGGCGAGGCGAGCGCUCGCCUUCGUCGUCGUUAUCGAGAGUAGUCUCAGUCUCCGGCUUGGGAAACUGAAACCUGCACUCCAAAGUGCGUCCGGCUCGUGCUCAGUUGUCUCCGAACCCCCGAUCCGUUCGGACGUGACUUACUUACGCUCUGCUCGUCGACUCGAGGAGCGAGAGACCGUUUUUCAUAACGAUUUUACUGCGUAUAUUGUACUGUCGCACUGCACGAAACUGCGAGCGUAUUACACGUGUUUUCACGUCUCCGUUUCCACCGAGUGCCAGUAAACUUAAACGUAUCUGUAUCGCAUAUAUCAUAUAAAUAAUUCGCGGUAACCUUUAUCCGGCCGAAAUUGUUUAUGACGUUACCGAUCUUAACUUUAUAUCCAAAUUGUGUGAACAACCGAUUAAAGUGUGUAUGUCGUCCACACCCUGCAGCCCAGAGACAGAAUUAAAACUCAACGCUGGUUCACGAUUUACCGAUCUUCGGACUACUGCAGACUUCAUAAAGAAACCCUAAGACGUAGCGAAAACGGAUAAUGGUGGCAUCGCAGAACGACGGUGGAAGAAGUGGAGGCGGAAAUGGCGUCGAUGACGACGCGGUUUACACGGUGUCGGUUAGCGGCGGUGGUUACAGAAACGAGGGCUUUAAGGAGGAUGGAAACGACGGAAUACCACCCGAGCCGACGAAGCCACCUCAAAUAGCGCCGCCAGACGACGACUCUCAGUCGCGUAAGUUCAAGCUUUCGCGAAGUGAGAAAUGGCGGAUACUGAAGAACAUCGGCGCCGUAUCGGUCGCCUUCAUGGUCCAGUUCACCGCCUUCCAGGGUACCGCCAAUCUCCAGUCAUCCAUCAACGCCAGCGAGGGUCUCGGCACGGUCUCGCUUUCCGCCAUUUACGCAGCCCUUGUUCUCUCCUGUAUAUUCGUGCCCACAUUCGUCAUCAAGAGGCUCACCGUCAAGUGGACCCUCUGCUUGUCCUUGCUCUGCUACGUUCCUUACAUUGGCGCCCAGUUCUACCCAAAAUUCUACACCCUUGUACCCGCUGGAGUGCUUCUUGGUCUCGGCGCAGCACCCAUGUGGGCAGCCAAGGCCACCUACCUCACCCAGGUCGCCGGUGUUUACGCCAAGCUCACCGACCAGCCCGUUGACGCCAUCGUCGUACGGUUCUUCGGGUUCUUCUUCCUUGCCUGGCAGACCGCUGAACUCUGGGGAAACCUCAUCUCCUCUUUGGUUUUGAGCAACGGAGAGUUUGGCAGCGGUGAUGGAAAUCACACAGUUAACGAGGAGAAGAUCCGGCUUUGCGGUGCUAAUUUCUGCGUCGUUGGUGCCGGCGCAAACGAAGUCGUCGAGAGGCCUCCAGACUCGGAAAUCUACGAGAUAUCGUCCAUUUAUCUAGCUUGCGUGGUGCUCGCGGUGAUAAUAGUUGCUCUAUUCGUCGAUCCGCUUUCGAGGUACGGUGAAAAACAGCGAAGAGCUGACAGCCAGGAGCUCAGUGGAAUCCAACUCCUCUCUGCCACCGCCUAUCAGCUCAAAAAACCCUACCAACAGCUUCUCAUUCCCAUCACGGUAUUCAUCGGCAUUGAACAGGCCUUCAUCGGCGCCGAGUAUACUCAGGCUUACAUAUCAUGUGCGCUUGGAGUACACAAGGUGGGAUACGUCAUGAUGUGUUUUGGCAUCGUGAACGCGUGCUGUUCUCUCCUUUUUGGAUCCCUGAUGAAGUUCGUCGGAAGACAGCCGUUGAUGGCCCUUGGCGCCGUCGUCCACGCCGUUCUUAUCGGUGUGCUUCUAGUCUGGAGGCCGCAUCCUGACAAUCCCUACAUUUUCUACACCCUUUCUGGUCUCUGGGGAGUCGGAGACGCCGUUUGGCAGACGCAGGUUAACGGACUUUACGGAACGUUGUUCAGGCGCAACAAGGAGGCUGCCUUCUCAAACUACCGUUUGUGGGAAAGUGCAGGUUUCGUUGUGGCCUACGCUUACAGCACACAUUUGUGCGAGCGCAUGAAGCUCUACGUGAUGCUGACGGUCCUUUUCCUCGGUGUUAUCGGCUACACAAUAGUCGAGCUGCUUCACAGGCGCAAACAGAAGAGACGCAAGGCGUUGGCCGAGGAUCCAAAAUCAGCCCAGGCUCAGGCUGAGGCCAACAAACCCGAGGAGACCGACGACGAGAAGGACGACAUAGACGACGACAUAAUCAUCACCCACCUCUGAGUAAUGGAUAAUGAGUGAAAAAAAAAAUACACACACACAAGACACAAAACAAG